CAUUCACUCAUCCUCCCUCCCCCACCGUCCCUCCCUUUUCUCCUCAAGUCCUGAAGUUGAGUUUGCGAGGCGACACGGCGGCGGCGGCCGCGCUGCUCCCGCUCCUCUGCCUCCCCAUGGAUAUGCACUGCAAAGCAGACCCCUUCUCCGCGAUGCACCCAGGGCACGGGGGUGUGAACCAGCUCGGGGGGGUGUUUGUGAACGGCCGGCCCCUACCCGACGUGGUGAGGCAGCGCAUCGUGGAGCUGGCCCACCAGGGUGUGCGGCCCUGUGACAUCUCCCGGCAGCUGCGGGUCAGCCACGGCUGUGUCAGCAAAAUCCUGGGCAGGUACUACGAGACCGGCAGCAUCAAGCCGGGUGUGAUCGGUGGCUCCAAGCCCAAAGUGGCGACGCCCAAAGUGGUGGACAAGAUUGCUGAAUACAAACGACAGAACCCGACUAUGUUCGCCUGGGAGAUCCGAGACCGGCUCCUGGCUGAGGGCAUCUGUGACAAUGACACAGUGCCCAGCGUCUCUUCCAUCAACAGAAUCAUCCGGACCAAAGUUCAGCAGCCUUUCCACCCAACGCCGGAUGGGGCUGGGACAGGAGUGACCGCCCCUGGCCACACCAUUGUUCCCAGCACGGCCUCCCCUCCUGUUUCCAGCGCCUCCAAUGACCCAGUGGGAUCCUACUCCAUCAAUGGGAUCCUGGGGAUUCCUCGCUCCAAUGGUGAGAAGAGGAAACGUGAUGAAGUUGAGGUAUACACUGAUCCUGCCCACAUUAGAGGAGGUGGAGGUUUGCAUCUGGUCUGGACUUUAAGAGAUGUGUCCGAGGGCUCGGUCCCCAAUGGAGAUUCCCAGAGUGGUGUGGACAGUUUGCGGAAGCACUUGCGAGCUGACACCUUCACCCAGCAGCAGCUGGAAGCUUUGGAUCGGGUCUUUGAGCGUCCUUCCUACCCUGACGUCUUCCAGGCAUCAGAGCACAUCAAAUCAGAACAGGGGAACGAGUACUCCCUCCCAGCCCUGACCCCUGGGCUUGAUGAAGUCAAGUCGAGUCUAUCUGCAUCCACCAACCCUGAGCUGGGCAGCAACGUGUCAGGCACACAGACAUACCCCGUUGUGACUGGUCGUGACAUGGCGAGCACCACCCUGCCUGGUUACCCCCCUCACGUGCCCCCCACUGGCCAGGGAAGCUACCCCACCUCCACCCUGGCAGGAAUGGUGCCUGGGAGCGAGUUCUCCGGCAACCCGUACAGCCACCCCCAGUACACGGCCUACAACGAGGCUUGGAGAUUCAGCAACCCCGCCUUACUAAGUUCCCCUUAUUAUUAUAGUGCCGCCCCCCGGGGCUCCGCCCCUGCCGCUGCUGCCGCUGCCUAUGACCGCCACUAGUUACCGCGGGGACCACAUCAAGCUUCAGGCCGACAGCUUCGGCCUCCACAUCGUCCCCGUCUGACCCCACCCCGGAGGGAGGGAGGACCGACGCGACGCGAUGCCUCCCGGCCACCGCCCCAGCCUCACCCCAUCCCAGGACCCCCGCAACCCUUCCCAUCACCCCCCUCGAAGAUCGGACAGGAUGGGUGGAGCCGCGGGCGGGACCCUCAGGCCCGGGCCCGCCAACCCCAGCCCCGCCCGCCGCCCCUCCCCGCCUGCCUGGACUGCGCGGCGCCGCGAGGGGGACUCGGCCCAGCUCGUCCCGGCCUCCACCGAGCCAGCCCCGAAGCCCGCCAGCCACCCCGCCGGACUCGGGCGCGACCUGCUGGCGCGCGCCGGAUGUUUCUGUGACACACAAUCAGCGCGGACCGCAGCGCGGUCCAGCCCCGGGCACCCGCCGCGGACGCUCGGGCGCCGGGAGGCUUCGCUGGAGGGGCUGAGCCAAGGAGAUUAAGAAGAAAACGACUUUCUGCAGAAGGAGGAAGAGCCCGCUGCCGAAUCCCUGGGAAAAAUGAUUUACCCCCAGUGCCAGCCGGACUGCCCUCGCCUUCCGGGUGUGCCCUGUCGCAGAAGGUGGAAGGGUGCGUGGGGGUCCGGCUCUAGGAACGGGCUUUGGGGGUGUCAGGUCUUUCCAAGGUUGGGACCCAAGGACCGGGGGGCCCAACAGCCCGCACCGACCGAGCCGGACUCUCGGCUCUUCACUACUCCGCCUGGCCUGCCUAGUUCCCCAGGGCCCGGCACCUCCUGCUGCGAGACCCGGCUCGCAGCCCUGCCUUGCCCCUACCUCAGCGUCUCUUCCACCUGCUGGCCUCCCAGUUUCCCCUCCUGCCCGUCCUUCGCCCGUCCCUCGACGCCCUGCUUCCUCCUCCCUGACUCGCAGCCCCAUCGGACGCUCUCCCGGGACCGCCACAGGACCAGUUUCCAUAGGCUGCGGACUGGGGUCUUCCUCCAGCAGUUACUUAAUGCCCCCUCCCCAGACACAGACUCUCAAUCUGCCGGUGAUAAGAACCGGUUCUGAGCUGGCGUCUGAGCUGCUGCGGGGUGGAAGUGGGGGGCUGCCCACUCCACUCCUCCCACCCCCUCCCAGCCUCCUCCUCCGGCAGGAACUGAACGGAACCACAAAAAGUCUACAUUUAUUUAAUAUGAUGGUCUUUGCAAAAAGGAACAAAACAACACAAAAGCCCACCAGGCUGCUGCUUUGUGGAAAGAUGGUGUGUGUCGUGUGAAGGCGAACCCCGGUGUACAUAACCCCUCCCCCUCAGCCCCACCCCGCCCGGCCCCAUAGAGUCCCUGUCGCCCGCCGGCCCUGCCUGUAGAUACGCCCCGCUGUCUGUGCUGUGAGAGUCGCCGCUCGCUGGGGGGGAGGGGGGGACACAGCUACACGCCCAUUAAAGCACAGCACGUCCUGGGGGAGGGGGGCAUUUUUUAUGUUACAAAAAAAAUUACGAAACAAAAGAAAUCUCUAUGCAAAAUGACGAACAUGGUCCUGUGGACUCCUCUGGCCUGUUUUGUUGGCUCUUUCUCUGUAAUUCCGUGUUUUCGCUUUUUCCUCCCUGCCCCUCUCUCCCUCUGCCCCUCUCUCCUCUCCGCUUCUCUCCCCCUCUGUCUCUGUCUCUCUCCGUCUCUGUCGCUCUUGUCUGUCUGUCUCUGCUCUUUCCUCGGCCUCUCUCCCCAGACCUGGCCCGGCCGCCCUAUCUCCGCGGGCUAGAUCCGAGGUGGCAGCUCCAGCCCCCGGGCUCGCCCCCUCGCGGCCAUGCCCCGCGCGCCCCGGGUGGCCGAAGGCCGGGCCGCCCCGCCCCGCCCCGUAGUUGCUCUUUCGGUAGUGGCGAUGCGCCCUGCAUGUCUUCUCACCCGUGGAUCGUGACGACUCGAAAUAACAGAAACAAAGUCAAUAAAAGUGAAAAUAAAUAAAAAUCCUUGAACAAAUCCGAAAAGGCUUGGAGUCCUCGCCCAGAUCUCUCUCCCAUUCGAGCCUUUUUUAUUUGAAAAGGAAAAAGAGAAAAGAGAAUCGUUUAAGGGAACCCGGCGCCCAGCCAGGCUCCAGUGGCCCGAACGGGGUGGCGAGGGCGCCGAGGUCCGGCCCAUCCCAGUCCUGUGGGGCUGGCCGGGCAGAGGCCCCGGACCCAGGCCCAGGCCUAACCUGCUAAAGGUCCCCGGAUGGUUCUGGUCUCCUCGGCCACUUUCAGCGCGUCGGUUCGUUUUGAUUCUUUUUCUUUUGUGCAUAUAAGAAAUAAAUAAUAAUAAUAAUAAAUAAAGAAUAAAAUUUUGUAUGUCA